AUGAGUGAUCGCAAUUCAAGUAACGGCCUGACCUUAAAAGAACGGAUGUUAAGUGCUGGUACCGGAUCAAUACUAACAUCUGUGAUUUUGACACCGAUGGAUGUGGUUAGAAUACGAUUGCAACAGCAGCAGAUGAUUCCCGGCUGUUCAUGUGAUGGGGCUUCUGAAAUAUCAGAUGCAGUAAGGUCAGGUUCGAAACUGAAGGCCCUGACCAACGUUGGAGGACAAAGCUUAAACAACGGGAAGAUAUUUUGGGAAAGUGCAUGCUUCCAAGAGUUGCAUUGUAAAAACUCAUCGUUGAAGUUCAAUGGCACUCUGGAAGCAUUUACGAAGAUUGCCAACGUUGAAGGUAUAACGAGUUUGUGGAGAGGAAUUUCUUUGACUCUAUUGAUGGCUAUUCCAGCAAAUAUGGUAUAUUUUAGUGGUUAUGAAUACAUAAGGGAUGUAUCUCCUAUAGCCUCGACGUAUCCAACGCUAAAUCCCCUUUUUUGUGGAGCCAUUGCGAGAGUAUUUGCAGCAACGAGUAUUGCACCUUUGGAGUUGGUGAAAACUAAAUUGCAAAGUAUACCGAGAUCAUCGAAGUCGACGAAGACAUGGAUGAUGGUUAAAGACUUAUUAAAUGAGACAAAGCAAGAGAUGAAGAUGGUGGGUCCCUCUAGGGCCCUCUUCAAAGGCUUAGAAAUCACUCUGUGGAGAGACGUCCCAUUUAGUGCAAUUUACUGGGGUUCAUACGAACUUUGUAAGGAAAAAUUGUGGCUAGAUCCUAGCCGGCAUGCAUCUAAGGAUGGAAAUUGGAUUCAUUUCAUAAACAGCUUUUCCAGUGGUUGUGUAAGCGGGAUGAUAGCCGCUAUUUGCACACAUCCCUUUGAUGUUGGUAAAACAAGAUGGCAAAUCUCCAUGAUGAACAACAACGAUUCUAAGAAUGCUUACAGGUCCAAAAAUAUGUUCAAGUUUCUAGAGACCAUACGGCGUACAGAAGGUUUUGCUGCUCUCUACACGGGCCUUGCCGCCAGAGUGAUCAAGAUUGCGCCAAGCUGUGCCAUUAUGAUAUCUAGUUAUGAAAUCUCCAAGAAAAUUUUUGGAAAAAAAAUUGCAUCAAUAAACUAA